AUGGAAACAGGGAGCCAGGGUAUUGAAUCAAAUAUUGUUGAAUCAAAGGCUGUUGAAUCUGAGGUUGUUGAACUUAUUGGUAGCGAGGCUGAUGAAUUUGAGGAGGCUGAUGAAUCGGAGGCUGAUGAAUCGGAGGCUGAUGAAUCCGAGAUUGAUGAAUCCGAGAUUGAUGAAUCGGAGACUGAUGACUCGGAGGCUGAUGAGUCGGAUUCUGAAAAACUUAUUGGUCGUGAAUGUCAGUUUUGUUUAAAGGUGGGUGAUCACUUCUCACAAACAUGCUCUUACAGGUAUCAUGUCCCAAAGAACGCAAUUGUUGGCAAGAGGUGUAUGGUAGUUUGUAAUUUGUGUGGUUGCCUCUUUAGAGACUCAUGUUGUGGCAUUUGUGGCCAAAGCGAUGGAUGUGCAAUUCUUAUGAACUGUUUACAUUGUGGGAAGAUAGGUGAACACUUGAUGUCUAUGUGUCCGAGCCGCGAGGGGAAACCUUCUUGUUUUUCUUUGGACCCUUAUACUGGUUCUGUUAUUUCCAUUUAA